CGGAUCCAGCCGUGGAUCGCAUGGCGCUUUGCCGGAUGUCCAGGAAUAGGUGGCUUGGCAGUGGCUGACUUUCACCAACAUGGCAGGUCCCCCGACAUCCCGUCGCCCGGUAGUGUGGAGCGUGGAGGCACAGGGGCAUUGCGGCUCUCUCGCCACGGUCCACCACCAGCUUCCAUGUUCGGUGACCUGAUGACCAUGAGGGGGAAGAUGCCCCGGCAGGUCCCAGAGAGCAAACGGUCAAAGCACCGGGUUGGCGACGCUUAGUCGUGACUGCGGAGGAGCUUUGACGUACUGCUAAUAUGUUGGGUAGCAAUGGGUUGUUUCUUGUACACGCGCGUUCCAUGGAUUUUGCCGUGGGCCGCCGUGUAACGUACCUGGCCCCCAUAGCCGAACCAACCUAAGAGCCCCAGCACGAGGAGGGACCGUGGCGGCUCCAAAGUGGGCUUGGCCGACACAUGGUCGCGUCCCCGUCCCUGGUGGCGGCAUGCCCAAGUUCAUAUAUGAAGCCUCUAGGCUCCGUCCCGCUACUUGGUUUCCGGGACUGCCAGCCCCACGGUUUCUAGCAGCUUGAUCGAGACCGAGUCGCACGCAUCUGCGAACCUCGACAAGCCCGUCACUUGUCCACAGUCCACCCCUUGGAUCCGAACACGACGCGGCCAACAUGAGGUUCUCGGGGCUAUGGGCUGCUGCCCUGGCCACCCUGGUCCACGCCACUGCCGACCACCCCCUAGAUGCACGAAGCGUCCUCCAGGCACGGGCCGCCGCCGCCCUCGGCUCCGUCACUGUCACAAACCUCAACGAUGUCCGGGGUAACCUGCACCUCCCAGAGUCAUGGGACGGCCUGCCCGUCCGCUGGACCAGCAGCGACCCGACCGUCGUCGGCCACGACGGCCUUGUCAAGCGGCGGGAAGACGGGCACCGCCACGUCACGCUGCGCGCCACCAUCGAGCACGAGGGCGUGUCGGUCGAGCGAGAGUUCACGGCGCGGGUGCGGCAGGCUGUGGAGAAGCGGCAGGCAUCCAGCUACGAGGGCUAUGCCUUCUCAUACUUCACGGGCAACAACAUCGCCGGCGAGAAGAUCUACUUCGCCGCCAGCGUCGGCAACGACGCGCUCAACUGGCACGAGCUCAACCGCGGACAGGCCACACUGACAUCCACCAUGGGCACCAAGGGCCUGCGCGACCCUUUCCUGAUCCGGUCGCCCGAGGGCGACACCUUCUACCUCAUCGCCACGGACCUGUCCAUCGGCUCGGGCACGUCGUGGGGCGACUCGGUGCGCUUCGGCAGCCUGUACCUCGAGGUGUGGGAGUCGCACGACCUGGUCAACUGGUCGGCGCAGCGGCACAUCAAGGUGUCACCGCCCAACGCGGGCAACACGUGGGCGCCCGAGGCCUACUACGACUCCUCGCUCGGCGCCUACGUCGUCUUCUGGGCCUCGUCGCUGUACGCCGACAACGACCCCCGGCGCAACGGACCGACGUACCACCGCAUGCUGUACGCCACGACGCGUGACUUUGUCACCUUUAGCGCCACCAAGGUGUGGCAGGACGCCGGCCUCUCGCGCAUCGACUCGACCGUCAUCAAGGUUGGCAACCAGUACCACCGCUUCACCAAGGACGAGGGCGCUGGCAGCACGGGCUGCACCGACAUUAUCCAGGAGAGCUCGUCGUCGCUCACGGCCACUCUCCAGUCGUGGACGCGCGAGGCGGUCUGCAUCGGGCGCGACGCCGGCACUCAGGCCGUCGAGGGCCCGACCGUGUUCAAGUCCAACCCGGGCGACGUGCGCGGCGACAAGUUCUACCUGUUCGUCGACGAGUACGGCGGCCGCGGCUACGUCCCUCUCGAGACGGCCGACAUCUCCAAUCCCCGCUGGAGGCUGUCGUCGUCGUGGAACCUGCCCGCCAGCCCACGCCACGGCACCGUCAUCCCCGUCACCAAGGCCGAGCUCGCGCGCCUGACGGGCUCGACGGGCAAGCCCAAGCCCGCCAACGCCGCCGGCGAGAUUGCGCGCUACGACUUCUCGUCGCUCAAGGCCGGCGGUGUGCUGCCCGACGUGUCCGGCAACGGCGCCGACGGCAAGGUGCAGGGCGGCGCUACGGUCAGGAACGGCGCGCUGGUGCUCGACGGCGUCGACGACUACGUCACGCUGCCCACCGACCUGGUGGCAGGCCUCGAGGACAUGACGAUCGAGGCCGAGGUGCAGCUAGCGACGGACCAGCAGCCGCCCUACUUCAUCUUCGGCAUCGGCAACACGGGCUCGUCGGGCGCGGGCGCGGGAUACCUGUUCGCCACGGGCAACCCCUACCGCGCCAGCAUCACGCUGACCGACUACAAUGCCGAGCAGACGGUGUCGUCGGGCCGCGAUCUGCCCAGGGGCCAGUGGGUGCACCUGGCAUACGUGAUCCAGGGCAGGAGCGCCAUCCUGUACCUCAACGGCGCCGAGGUGGGCCGCAACACGCAGGUCAACCUCGACCCCGGCGGCAUCGGCGGCGGCGCCACCAACAACAACUACAUCGGCAAGUCGACCUACACCAGCGACCGCCUGCUCAAGGGCCAGUUGCGCAAGUUCGCCGUCUUCAACCGCGCCCUGUCGGCGGCCGAGGUGCUCCGUAAGUCGGGAAACCUGCUCCAGCUGACCGGGCUUUCCCUCGCUGACGCCUCCUCCGUCAAGGCCUCGCCGCUCGUUAGCGGCUCCAGCCGCUCCGUCCUCUUCUACGUCAAGCCUGGCACCAGCCUGGCCGCGCUCGCGCCCACCUUUACGACCCCUGACGGCGUAACCGUCUCGCCCACCUCGGGCGCCACCGUCGACUUUAGCAACGACCGCGCCGUCACCUACACCCUGACCAACGGCGCCGACGGCACCUCGGCCACGUGGACCAUGACGGCGCACGAGAUGGCGUCGCCCGUCCUGCCCGGCCUGUACGCCGACCCCAACAUAUUCAUCCACAAUGCCACCUACUACAUCUACGCCACCACCGACGGCUUCCCCGGCUGGGGCGGCAAGGAUUUCUACGUGUGGUCGUCGCGCGACAUGAAGGAGUGGACGCGCACCGAGAAGCCCAUCCUGACGCUCGACGGCGCCAACGGCAACGUCCCCUGGGCCGUCGGCAACGCCUGGGCCCCGGGCUUCGCGGAGCGCGACGGCAAGUUCGUCAUCUACCACAGCGGCCACCACGUCCGGCUCAACACCAAGACCAUCGGCGCCGCCGUGGCCUCGCACCCGCUGGGACCCUUUACGGCGCAGCCCGACGCCAUGAUCUUCAACAACGAGACGGUCACGUCGGGCCAGGCCAUCGACCCGGCCGCGUUCCGCGACCCCGUCAGCGGCAAGUACUACCUCUACUGGGGCAACGGGCGGCCGCUGUACGCGCAGCUGGCCGACGACAUGGUCUCGCUGGUGCCCGGCACCACCAAGCAGAUCUCGGGCCUCAACGACUUCCGCGAGGGUCUGUUCCUGGUCUACCGGCGCGGGCUGUACCACAUGACGUACAGCAUCGACGACACGGGGUCCGAGGACUACCGCGUCGGCUACGCGACGGCGGCGUCGCCCGACGGCCCCUGGACGUACCGCGGCGUCGUGUUGGCCAAGCGGCCCGAGCUCGGCAUCCUGGGCACGGGCCACAACAGCAUGGCGCAGGUGCCCGGCACCGACGACUGGGUCAUCGUCUACCACCGCUUCGGCAUCCCCGGCGGCAACGGCAACAACCGCGAGACCACGAUCGAUAGGGUCGAGUUCGACGAGCAGACGGGGCUCAUGAAGGCCAUCACGCCGACGCUGGAGAGCGUGCCGGCGCGGCGCAUCAGCAGCUGUGCGUCGAGGCGAAGGGCAGGGGGGUCGAGUUAGUUAUGAUUCAAGUGAGAUUAUGGGUGGGCGUACUAGUGGCUGUUUUUUUAUGGGUUGUGUCUUUGCCGGGAGAAGACGACAAGGGAAGAGGACCAGGCGGGGCGUUUGAUGAGCAGACAGACCCGCGCAAACACUGUAUUCAAAACAGACGAUAUCCACAUGUAAAUAUUCAUUCAAAUGCUUUCUUGGUUCAUACCGACCCUGACGUGACAUUUACAGCAGU